GUACUUCCUGAUUGCACAUUACGUCACAUUGAUAAACAGUUUUAUUUCGACAAAGUUGAUAUAUAUAUGAGUUGAAUUAACUAUAGGUUCUCCUGGUUCUUUUCGCUGAAUAGCAAUAUUGAAGAGAGGUUACUUCUACAGUCAGUAGCAGUUAAAGAACUGAUAACAUGCAGAACUACGGUAAAGCAAUAAAGACUUUUUUUGGACAAUAUCCGACGGGGAUCGCUCUUAUCACAGUCACAGGAGUGGGGCUCUUUGCUCUGCGUAAAUGGCUGGCUGGAGGGGUGUGUACGAGCAAAGCCCGGCUGGACGGGAAGACUGUCCUUAUCACCGGAGCCAACACUGGGAUUGGGAAAGAGACUGCAGUUGACAUGGCUAGCAGGGGGGCAAGGGUUAUUCUGGCCUGCAGGGACAUGACAAGAGCCAAUCAAGCUGCAGAGGGCAUCAGGAGGAGGAGUGGCAAUGGGAAUGUGAUUGUCAAAAAGUUGGACUUGGCAUCCCUACAGUCGGUGCGACAACUAGCCAAAGAGAUCCUGGAAAGUGAAGAGAGACUGGACAUCCUUAUUAAUAAUGCAGGUAUCAUGAGCUGUCCAAAAUGGCAGACUGAAGAUGGCUUUGAGAUGCAGUUUGGUACCAACCACUUAGGCCACUUUUUAUUGACAAAUUGCCUUUUGAAUCUCCUUAAGAAAUCAGUCCCAAGCCGUAUUGUCAACGUCUCCAGUUUAGCUCAUGAAAAAGGCAAGAUCUAUUUUGAUGACAUAAACUUAGAUAAAGAUUACAGUCCAUGGAAAAGCUACCGGCAAAGUAAACUAGCUAAUGUGCUCUUUACUAGGGAGCUGGCAACACGACUACAAGGAACUGGAGUAACUACAUACAGCCUCCAUCCUGGAGUCAUCCGGACUGAGCUUGGUCGGCACUUCUGGCCCACCAUGCCCCUGUGGAAAAGAGCCAUCUUCAAGACUCUUAGUUUUUGGCUCAAGUCCCCUAGAGAGGGAGCCCAGACCACCAUCCACUGUGCCGUAGAAGAAAGCCUGGCAGAUGUCAGUGGACUCUACUACAGUGACUGCGCCCCAAAGACUGUGGCCCCUCAGGGCCAGGAUGAUGCAGCUGCCAAGAAACUGUGGGACCUGAGUGCCUCCAUGGUUGGUCUGGCAUGAUGGACCUGGUUACCACUAGGACUGGCCUAGCCUUUAGAAUGUUGACAUACAGUUGAAGUCAGAGGUUUACAUACACAUAGGUUGGAGUCAUUAAAACCUGUUUCUCAACCACUCCACAAAUUUCUUAACAAACUAUAGUUUUGGCAAGUCGGUUAGGACAUCUACUUUGUGCAUGACACAAGUAAUUUUUCCAACAAUUGUUUACAGACUGAUUAUUUCACUUAUAAUUCACUGUAUUACAACUUCAGUGGGUCAGAAGUUUACAUACACUAAGUUGACUGCCUUUAAACAGCUUGGAAAAUUCCAGAAAAUAAUGUCAUGGCUUUAGAUGCUUCUGACAGGCUAAUUGACAAAAUGUGAGUCAAUUGGAGGUGUACCUGUGGAUGUAUUUCAAGGCCUACCUUCAAACUCAGUGCCACUUUGCUUGACAUCAUGGGAAAAUCAAAAGAAAUCAGCCAAGACCUCAGAAAAUAAAUUGUAGACCUCCAAAAGUCUGGUUCAUCCUUGGGAGCAAUUUCCAAACUCCUGAAGGUACCACGUUCAUCUGUACAAACAAUAGUAUGCAAGUAUAAACACCAUGGCACCAUGCAGCCGUCAUACCGCUCAAGAAGGAGACACGUUCUGUCUUCUAGAGAUGAAUUUACUUUGGUGAGAAAAGUGCAAAUCAAUCCCAGAACAACAGCAAAGGACCUUGUGAAGAUGCUGGAGGAAACAGGUACAAAAGUAUCUAUAUCCACAGUAAAACGAGUCCUAUAUCGACAUAACCUGAAAGGCCUCUCAGCAAGUAAGGAGCCACUGCUCCAAAACCGCCAUAAAAAGACCAGACUACGGUUUGCAACUGCACAUGGGGACAAAGAUCAUACUUUUUGGAGAAAUGUCCUCUUUUCUGAUGAAACAAAAAUAGAACUGUUAGGCCAUAAUGACCAUUGCUAUGUUUGGAGGAAAAAAGAGGAGGCUUGCAAGCCGACGAACACCAUCCCAACCACGAAGCAUGGGUGUGGCAUCAUCAUGUUGUGGGGGUUACGUGGAUUUAUUGAAGCAACAUCUCAAGACAUCAGUCAGGAAGUUAAAGCUUGGUCGCAAAUGGGUCUUACAAAUGGACAAUGACCGCAGGAAUACUUCCAAAGUUGUGUCAAAAUGGCUUAAGGACAACAAAGUCAAGGUAUUGGAGUGGCCACCACAAAGCCCUGACCUCAAUCCUAUAGAAAAUGUGUGGGCAGAACUGAAAAGGCGUGUGCGAGCAAGGAGGCCUACAAACCUGACUCAGUUACUCCAGCACUGUCAGGAGGAAUGGGCCAAAAUUCACCCAACUUAUUGUGGGAAGUUUGUGGAAGGCUACCCGAAACGUUUGACCCAAGUUAAACAAUUUAAAGGCAAUGCUACCAAAUACUAAUUGAGUGUAUGUAAUCUUCUGACCCACUGGGAAUGUGAUUAAAGCUGAAAUUAAAGCUGAAAUAAAUCCUUCUCUCUACUAUUAUUCUGACAUGUCACAUUCUUAAAAUAAAGUGGUGAUCCUAACUGACAGGGAAUUUUUACUAGGAUUAAAUGUCAGGAAUUGUGAAAAACUGAGUUUAAAUGUAUUUAGCUAAGGUGUAUGUAAACCGACUUCAGCUGUAUUACCAUCUGAUGAUGAUGAACUGUGAAAUGCAUCCAAACCUCAUUGAAUUCAGUAAGAAACUGUUGAAUAACAUUUGCUUUAGAGACAUUUAUUUAGAAUACACAGCAAACUACAUACAAAAAUACUAUGCAUCGAAAUAUGUUAACGUGAGCCUUUUACACAGAAUGAAUGUCUCAUAGUUAAGUUACAUGGAAGCUGUAUGAACUUCUACUUUGCCGUAAGUGUCAAUUCUAUUCUAGGGGAACAAGGUUCACUAAGUCUGUAUUUACGUACGUUUGUAGUAUACAUAUAUUAUGUUGUCUUGUCAUGGAACUGAUGUAUGAAAAUACAUGUGCUAUAUCUACAAAACAUUUAGAGAAAUAACAUACAUUUUUCUCUUGGGUAAUUUAAAACCUACCAUAAUAAAGUGCUAAUUUACGUAAUCUCUUAAAUUGUAUUUAGCUAAGGCAUAUAAGUCAUACAUGGUUUGUUUAUACUCUUGAGCCUUUCAUAUUGGGCAUUAAACCAACGGCACUAAAACAAUACAUCUUGUGGUUGCAUUAUGAACGAUAAAUUACUUUUUGAUCCAC